GUAGUCUUCCCUGAAACUAAGACCGCAGCGCAGACCCAUUACAUCUGGAGUCUAGAUCUUAUAGACUAUAGACCUAGAUAGAUCAAGAUGCCGAGACUUAGACUAGAUCUGGAAUAGAAUUCUAGAUAAAUAUUAGAGAGACUAGAUAAUCUAGAUUUACUUGACCGUCUAUAACUUGGAUCUAGAUCUUGACUAGAUUCUAGAUCUAGAUAGAGAUAAACUUAAGGCAGAGGUCCAGACUGAAGUGACCUGGUCAUAGUGUCAAUCAUGAGUGGCCAUGUGGGAUCAUUGUCAGACAAGCAAGCUGCUAUUUUAGAAGAGUUUCGACAAAAUGUAAGUGAUUUAUUGAAGCCACAUCAUGAUGACUACUAUCUUCUAAGGUGGUUACGAGCUAGAAAGUUUGACCUCAAAAAAUCUGAAGCCAUGCUAAGAAAUCAUUUCAGAUGGCGGGAAGAAAACAAUGUUGAUACUAUUUUAGAAGACUUUCAACCCCCAGAAGUGAUGAAAAAAUAUUAUCCUGGGGGCUUAUUUGGUCAAGAUAAAGAAGGAUCCCUUAUUUGGGUUGAUCCUACAGGAUACAUUGACUUGAAAGGAUUACUGAUGUCAAUAAAAAAGCAAGAUAUCCUUAAGAGUAAAAUUCAGCUAUUAGAGGAGUUCUACAAAUUGUUUGAUAUUCUAUCUGAAAAGCAAGGUCGACGAGUGGACCAAAUUGUGAUAUUAUUUGACUUGGAGAAAUUUGGUCUUAAGCAUCUAUGGAAACCUGGUAUAGAUGUAUUUACAGAUAUUUUAACAAUAUUUGAAGACAAUUAUCCAGAGACACUGAAAAGAACAUAUGUCCUUAAUGCUCCCAGAGUGUUCCCCAUUGCCUUCAAUUUGAUUAAACCUUUUCUCAGUGAAGAGACUGUCAGGAAAGUUACCAUCUGUGGUGCCAACUAUAAAGAGGUUCUUCUUCAGCAUAUAGAUGCUGACCAGCUUCCGGCACACUGGGGGGGAACUUGUGUUGACCCUGAUGGAAACCCAAGGUGUCCAUCCAAAAUCAACCCUGGAGGUGAAGUUCCAAAAUCUUACUAUCAACAAAACAAUAUAGUCGAUUUGACUGGCUUCACAGAGGCUACUGUGGGUCGAGGGUCAUCUUUGCAGUUGGACUUCAGUAUUGAUGAAGUUGGGAGUGCACUCAGGUGGCAGUUUAAAACAGAUGGUUUUGAUAUAGGUUUUGGAAUCUACAGAAGGACAGAAGACAAAAAGCAGAAAGCUGGUGACAUGGAGCCUAUAAUAACAUCCCAAAAAGUCAACAGUCACAUGUUCCCAGAGGAAGGUAGCAUGCAUUGUAAACAUCCAGGAACUUAUAUAGUGAGGUUUGACAAUACUCACAGCUGGGUGAGAUCAAAGAAGUUGUACUAUCUUAUUGAGAUACUUAAGCCAGAUACACAAGACUUUGUUUUGCCAAAAGUGGAAUCAGAUGCCAGUUUGGCCUCCAGUUUGACAUAGAUUCCUAAUUUAUUUAAUUUAUUAUUUGUAUUGUUAUUGAAAAAUUCUUGUUAGAUAAUUGUGAUUGUAACAUGUUUUUCAAGGGGUACAAUAGUGUUUUACUGCCAUGGAUUUGUAUCUUUGAAGUAGUGCAAUGGUUAGUAACAUCACAUUUACAGAAAUAUACUUCAUGAAUACUUUGAAUCUUAUAAAAAUCAAAGUUUGAUUUUAUAAUACUUAUUUAAUUUAAUAAAAUGAUUAAAACUUGAAAGGGCUUUCAGAAGAUGUCAUUGAUUCGAAUUUUUGCAUUUUAAACCAAAUUACUGGUAUUGUCAGAAACUUGUAUCUCAUUUUUAGAUAAUACAAUUUAUUUAAGAAUAAUUAUUUUUUUAAAUUUUAAUACUUCCUAAUAGUUGAAUAUGUCUUUGUGGUCUAUAAAAGUGCAUUUAAAGCAUCCAAGAGAACAAAAACACUUAAACAUUGUGAAAGUGGGACAAAGGGUGAAGGGAACCAAACAUUGUGUUGCUAGCCAUCACUUGAAAGUGGGACAAAGGGUGAAGGGAACCAAACAUUGUGUUGCUAGCCAUCACUUGAAAGUGGGACAAAGGGUGAAGGGAACCAAACAUUGUGUUGCUACCCAUCACUUGAAAGUGGGACAAAGGGUGAAGGGAACCAAACAUUGUGUUGCUAGCCAUCACUUGAAAGUGGGACAAAGGGUGAAGGGAACCAAACAUUGUGUUGCUACCCAUCACUUGAAAGUGGGACAAAGGGUGAAGGGAACCAAACAUUGUGUUGCUACCCAUCACUUGAAAGUGGGACAAAGGGUGAAGGGAACCAAACAUUGUGUUGCUAGCCAUCACUUGAAAGUGGGACAAAGGGUGAAGGGAACCAAACAUUGUGUUGCUACCCAUCACUUGAAAGUGGGACAAAGGGUGAAGGGAACCAAACAUUGUGUUGCUAGCCAUCACUUGAAAGUGGGACAAAGGGUGAAGGGAACCAAACAUUGUGUUGCUACCCAUCACUUGAAAGUGGGACAAAAAUGAUGAAGGGAACCAUUGAAUUUUAAUAUUUUCUCUACAUUUUUUUCCUUCAUUUUAAUAUUUUCUAUAAAUUUUUACUCUUCUUUUUCAUUUUGAUUCUAUUUCUAUUUUUCUUUGAACUUUCAUGUUCUGCUUAGACAUUUGGUAGGUGGUAAAACUUCUGAUCUACCUGGUAGGUUAAUAAAGCUUGUUCAAUUAUAAUGUGUAUGCAUGCCAUGAAAGAAGAAUUUAAAUGAAAGCCAUGACCUAUGUUGAUGCUGUAUCAAUCAAAAAUAAUUGUACUUAACAAAAUAUUUAAAAAAUGGAAGAAUGUUAGCAGCUUGCUUUAUGUAGUGUUAUAUAUUUAUUUAUAGAUUACAAUUUGAACACAGAUGAAAACCAUCAGGCUUUUCAUGAACAUUUUAGAGAAUCAUUUGUAAUUCCCCAAUGCAAAAACAAACAUUUUUAAAUUUGACUUAUUGAUGAAUUAGAGAAAGCUAAGACUCUGAACCUGUGGAUUAAUUUGCUCUUCGAUCAUUUCUUGCAUUCACUUUCUGUAUGCCUUCCUCAGGUAUGUUGUAAUUAAUAUCAUUUCAUUAUUUCCCAUGCCAUGAAUGUACUGUGUUAUUUAUGUUCUACCUCCCUAGUUGCUGUAUUGUGAUCUACAUCAGCAAACAAAAUAUCUGAUUGGAUGCUGGUUUUAGCAUCUUGUUUUUAAAAAGCAUUUUUUUAAAGUUUGUUAUAGUGUUUCUUUAUUAUAAAUCCUGUAGAAUGUAUUAAUAUUGAUAUAGUCACAGGACUCUGGAAAUGUUACUUUUGAGAAAAUGAAUUGAUUUUCAUUGGAUCAUACAUCCAUUAGUUUGAAUCAUGUAAUAAUUUUAAUAGAUCUAGGGAUUCUAGACUAACAGUAAUAAAUUUGUGUGAUUGGAAAUAUUUUUUAUAAUUUGUUUUUGUGUAGCACAACUUUCAUGCUUAUAGCUUGCUUAGUGUGAUAUGGUCCAACUCUUUUUUUUUUGGAGCAGUUGGGGUUGGGUUGUAUCUGGGAGAAGGCUUCUGAGCUUCCUUUUCAAAAGCAUUAUUUUUAAAAGCUGACAUCAAACUUGUGGUUUCACGCCUCCACAAUAGAAGGCUUAAAUAUUAGCCAAUGAGGUAUACAAGUAGUUAAUUUUAGGUUUUAUAAUUAUCUAUUAGUUUCAUAGUUUUUUUUUUAAGUUUAGAAUGGUUUAGUCAGAAUUAGUGUUUUGUUAUAUAAAUUUAAACAGAACACGAAGCUUAUUUAUUCAUUUCACUUAUUAAUAAACUUUGAGACCCAAGUGUGGUAUAUAUGAAAUAAUGUUAAGUUAUUUAUUGUUUAAACCCUAUUUUCAUUUCACUGCUUUCUGAUACAAUUUGUCUUAACCAAAUGAAAAUUUAUCUGAUUUGCCUCCUUCAGUCGUAGACUAUGGUUCAUCUCGCACAUUUCCUCAUGUGGCUGUGGAGCCCUAUUUUGGAGAGACACUCCCGUCCACAAAUAUCACAGGUUAAGGUGGCUUUUACUUCGGUGGUAGAUGAGCUGGCCAUUUUUCGUAUUGUACGUUUUUCUACUUGAGCUGAGACUCAUGUUCUUUCACUGUCCAUAGCUUUCUUGGUCACUGUCUCUCUCCAUCUGGUGCGGUCUAGAGCUAUGUCUUCCCAAUGGUCAGUAUUGAUGUUCACUGAUUUGAGGUAACGUUUUAUUACAUCUAUGUAACGGAGGUGGGAGCGACCAGUUUUUCUUGUGCCAGUCGCGAGUUGACCAUAAGAGGAUGACUUUCGGGAUGCGCUUGUCUUCCAUCCGACGAACAUGUCCAAGCCAGCGCAAACGCGUUGUCUGAGAUGCUGGGAAGACCUGAUCGCGCAAGGAUCUCAGUAUUGCACACUUUUUCUUUCCAUGUGACAUUCAAGAUCCUACGGAGACAUCUCAAAUGGAAUGAGUUUAGUUUAGUCCAUGAUUCACUGCCAUACAGUAGUGUACUCAUAACGCAUGCCUUGUAGACUUCCAUUUUGGUCACUGUAGUGAGCUUCUGGUUUUCCAAAACUCUUGGCCUGAGUCUAGCGAAGGUCGAGGCAUCCUACCAUAUGCGUUUUUUUUUUAUUAUUUCCUCUUCUAGAGAUAAGUCAUCUUGAAUUGUGGAUCCUAGAUAGCAGAAUUCAUUUACGGCGUCCAGCUUGUUAUCUAUGAGGAUGGAGGGUGGUGCUGUAGCAGGUGGUUUCAUAACAUUUGUUUUCUUCAUGCUAAUAGUUAAGCCAUUUUCUUUACAAGCCUGAGAGAAGCGGGACAUUAGUGACUGAAGCACCUCUUGUGUGUGUGUGCCACUACCGCUGCGUCAUCAGCGAAUAAAAUAUCUCUUACGUAAAUAUAUAUAUAUAUAUAUAAAUUCAUUCUCAGUAUUGAACCUUCCUAAAAAACUUCAGUGUUCCAGUCUUAUGAAAGAUAUAUCUCAGUAUAUCUUCUUCUGCUUCCUAUUGAUCAAGUUUGCAGAUGACCAGUCUGAGAGGAACUGGACAUUAGUUUCCAGGCUACUUUACAUACAGUUCUCCUUCUGAAGAAAUGUUUUAUGUCCAGAAUCUUGUAGGGGCCUCUUGCAGCUAUGGAACAUGGCCUGAGUUCUCAGGAGGCACUCCACAAAGGCAUACUUCUCCCAUUUAAAAUUUUUACUCUCAAUAUAUAAUGAGUUAGUCCCAUAUGGGCCAUGGGUUGUAUUAUUGUAUUGAUUGUUGUAUUAGUCUUUUUUUUUUUUUUUUUACACAUUAUCAUGUAUACGUAUCUUAAAAUAGUGGACUGGAUUAGGUUUUAAAACAUUGACAUUUUUUUUUAACUUAAAGUAAUUGUAGUCUGUACACACUAUUUUUAUGUACUAAAAUGUUUCAUUCCAAGCAUGUGACACAAUAGUUUUUAACUAAUCAACUAAUAUUAAGGAGUCUGUGUUACUAGUAAUAUUUAUUUAUAUUUAUUUAAUGUUUGCUUUCCAAAUAAAAGAAUUUAUUUACU